CACAGGAUCUCUGGAGACGACAAGCUCCUGGCCAAGUCUGCGGUCCAUCUUUGACAUGAUCUCUUCCUUUCAACACCUACCAACUUCAUGGCCUGGUAAUUCUGACAUAUAUUAGAGGAACCAAUCGCUACCCCCUUCGACCAUUCCCUCUUCCUCCUUCCAAGUCACAGAACCAUGAGCAAGUCCCACAUCUCCCUCCUCUUCCUUGUCGCGGCCGCGGCUGCCUUCUUCUCGUCUUCGGAGUCUGCCUUUCCCUUUAACUUCCCUCCGGUGCCCACUGAGAACCCAUGGAUCCCCUUCAGGAACCUCUCCGGCUGCCGUUUCGGGGAGCACAGGCCCGGCCUCGCCGACCUCAAGGAGUACCUCAACCAAUUCGGCUACCUCCCGGCCGCCCCCAACUUCACCAACUCCUUCGACGACAACCUGGAGGCGGCGAUCAAGACGUACCAGCGGAACUUCGGCCUCAACGUCACCGGCGAGCUUGACGACGCCACGGUCGAACAGCUCAUCGUGCCGCGGUGCGGCAUGCCCGACAUCAUCAACGGCACCUCCACCAUGAACUCUUCCUUUGUUCGCGGCCGCAACCUCUACGCUUACUUCCCCGGCACCCCCACCUGGCCCAGCGACAAAACCGAGCUCAAGUACGCCAUCACCGCCACCUCCGCCGUCUCCAUCGACCUAUCGGUGCUGAAGACGGUCUUCGCCCGCGCCUUCGGCCGGUGGUCCGCCGCCACGACGCUGACGUUCACCGAGACCGACUCCUCGUCGGACGCGGACAUAACCAUCGGGUUCUACAACGGCUCCCACGGCGACGGCGAGCCGUUCGACGGGGUGCUGGGAACGCUGGCGCACGCGUUCUCGCCCACGGACGGGCGGUUCCACCUGGACGCGGCGGAGACGUGGGUGGCCGAAGGGGACGUGACGCAGGCGGACUCGGACGUGGCCGUGGACCUGGAGUCGGUAGCGGUGCACGAGAUCGGCCACCUCCUGGGGCUCGGCCACUCCUCGGUGGCGGAGGCGAUCAUGUACCCCACGAUCAAGACGCGCACCAAGAAAGUCGACCUGGCCAGCGACGACGUCGAGGGCAUACAGAAUCUGUACGGGAGCAAUCCGAACUUCACCGGCGUGGCGCCGUCGUCGACGGGGAGCAGCAGUCCCGAGAUCAACGGCGGCGGCUUGGGCUCGAUGGCGCGGUCCGCGUGGCGGCGGGAACUCGGAUCCGCGUUGGCCGUUGUAGCAGUUGCCUUCUUGGUGUUUUAGUCAGCUGUUUUUUGUUUUCUGUUUUUGUUUUCUUAGCCACUGAUUCAUUGUCAUUGAUACUGUAUUGUUUUGUUUGUCUUGUAUACUCAUACAUUAUCGUCAUUGACACACACAGAUUUCCUCC